AUGGCGAGCCAGGGGCUGAGCCUCAGGACUGGCCCGUCGCGAGGUCACGGUGGCAUCUGCUUGCCAGCCUGGGCGCCCGCCUCCUGGGCCCCAUCCGCGACGGUUCGGCAACUGAGCGAGCGGGCCCGCGCAAAUGCCGUGAAGUUGGCGGAGCGCGACGUGGCCGAGCGGAAGGUCAGGUUCCAGCAGUGGGUUGCCAGGCAAACUGAACGAAGCGGUGGCAGGCCCCAUGCCGCGGCGAAGCUGCCGAUCGGCUUCGCAGUGAGCCCCGUGCAGGUCAACGACGACGUGGAGUCGCAGAAGGAGUCCUACGCGCCCGUCGACCUCGGCGCCAAGGUCACUGCGCUGGAGGUGGAAUGGAGACGCUGGCGGAGGACCACUUGCGAGCAGGUGAACGUCCAGUGGCCUUCGGACCUUGGCGUGCGACCGCCAGGGCCGACGGCGCAGCAGCUUCGCAAGGUGCUGGUGACUUUUCCCGCUAGGCGCAGGCUCGUCUUCGACGGGAUCGCGCGCGAUUGGGGCACCAAGAACGAUCGCAGCUGCUCGCGGGCCUCGGCGGGGCGCAGCUGCGAGAGGGCGGUCGUCGCGGCAAGGACCGCGGCCCUGGGCAACCGCGGCAUCGAACCUGGCCCCGUGAAGCUCAAGAAGGUAGUGGGCAAGAGCAGCUGGAACAUCGACGUGUUUGGCUGUUUGCAGGAUGACGAGUGCACCUGCGAGGACCCGUCGCACGUGCGCGAGAUGGUCAACGUGACUGUGGACGGGCUGGCCUGCUACGCCUGCGAGCCCAAGCGCCCCCCCGUCUGCACCGAGGCCGCCGACCAGUGCACGCCCGAGGCGUGUGAGUGCGCCGACCCUGGGCAGUACACGAAGCAGGACGCCACCACCGUCGACGGCACACC